GAGGCGGCGGCGGCGCCGGCCCUUCUUUCCCUCCCCUGCUCCCCCCGGGAAGCGGCUGGCUGCGGGCUGCCUCUCGCUCCCCCUCCCUCCCCCCUUUUAAUUUUAAUUUUAUUUUAUUUUACCCCCUCCCCCCCCCUUUUUCCCUCCCCGUUCCCCCCUCACGGCGGCGGCGGCGGCCCGCCUCUCCUUUCCCUCUCCGUCGCCGCGGCCCCGCCAUGGCGACAUGAGCCUGCCGCCGGCCGCCGCCGCCGCCGCCGCCCCGGCCAUGGGGCCCGCACGGAGCUGAAGCGCCGCGGAGGAGCCCCGCCACUGCCGCCCCGCCAUGGGGUGCUGAUGGCCGGGCCCCGCCGGGCACCCCGCCGCCGCAGGGGAGGUAGCUGUAUCCAGCUGGGUGGCAGGCAGAUCCAAGGGUCACCAUGAAGUUUUCGGGACCCGUGGAGAGCCAGAGGUUGUCUCUCCUUCUGGAGAUGGCAAUCUCUAGGGAAGCUCAAAUGUGGAAAGCACAUGUGCCGAAAAUUCAGCCCAAUCAGGAUGUAGCCAUUUCUCCAAAGCAGAGGGAUGAGGUCAUUCAGUGGCUGGCCAAGCUCAAAUACCAGUUCCACCUUUAUCCAGAAACACUCGCCCUGGCCAUCAGCCUUUUGGACAGGUUUUUAGCUGUGGUAAAGGCCCGUCCAAAAUAUUUGAACUGUAUUGCAAUCAGCUGCUUCUUCCUUGCUGCAAAGACCAUUGAGGAAGACGAGAGGAUUCCAGUACUGAAGGUGUUGGCUCGGGAUAGCUUUUGUGGUUGUUCUCCAGCUGAAAUUCGCAGAAUGGAGAAGAUUAUCCUGGAUAAACUGAACUGGGAUCUUCACAUGGCAACGCCACUGGAUUUCCUUCACAUUUUCCAUGCAGUCGCAGUGUCCAACAGGCCUCAGCUCCUGUCCAUCCUACCCAAGCUGAGCCCCUCUCAGCACGUGGCGGCACUCACCAAGCAGCUGCUGCACUGCAUGGCCUGUUACCAGCUGCUGCAGUUCAAGGGCUCCAUGCUGGCGCUGGCUAUCGUCAGCCUGGAGCUGGAGAAGCUGCUCCCCGACUGGCUGGCUCUCAUCAUCGAGCUGCUCCAGAAGGCACAGAUGGACAGCGCGCAGCUGAUCCACUGCCGGGAGCUCGUGGCACAUCACCUUUCCACUCUGCAGUCUUCUCUGCUGCCCAAUCCUGUAUAUGUCUACAGUCCCCUCCAGCAUACCCUGGUGACCUGUAACAGAGGAGCGUUCAAAUGCCAGCCCUCCUCUGUCCCAGGGCCAGGUUUCUCCAAGGACAACGGCAGGCCAGAAGUGCCGGUCACAGCUACAGCCGCGCUCUACCAGCGUCUGCCAGCUCCCAGCGGUUGCAAGCAAGCCUCUGCCAAGCGCAAAGUGGAAGAGAUGGAAGUGGAUGACUUCUACGACGGUAUCAAGCGUCUCUACAACGAAGACGCUGCUCCAGAGGUAGUGGCUCUUGAGAACAUGGGCUCUGUUUGCGGCGCUGACGUCUCGAGGCAGGAGGGCAACGUUUCCCCUUGUCCGCCUUUACAGCCAGUGUCUGUCAUGUAGCUGUGGGCACACACACCACCCGCUGCACCGCAGCUACGUGUGAAAAGCCACGCAGAUCCUGGCCUGGGGGGAGAAGGGACCUUACCUUGUCAGGCUGAACUGAAGGGAGCCAACAGAAAUCACAUCCCAGCCCUUUUCUCAAUUAUUUUUUCCCCCCUUGUGCGGCUAAUUCUAGUUCCACUAUUUAAGCACUUAAAACACAAAAAAGUAUAAAAAGCUAAAAAAAAAAUUAAAAAAAAGACCCCCAAAAAAAUAACCAAACAAAAAAAAAAAAGUAGCAAAAAUUUGUUUCUUUCUAGUGUUGUCAGCUCCACUGUUUUACUGCUCCCGUGUAUCGUAAGCCAUCCUCCAUGUCCAAGAGCUCUCAUCAGUCGUGCGGUUGUUUCAGGUUUCCCAGCCAGUUGACACCUCCGGUCUGAUUUCCAUCCUCUCCUUGCUCUUUUCUGCUUGCUCCUCUUUUCAUUCUCGGCGAGUGUUGCGCAUGACGAUCCGUACAUUCAUGGCAGGUUUCUUUUUUCUUUCUGAAGAAAAAGGCCUUUUUGUUCCGUUAGCACUUUGGUGUUUAAAUGUGAUACUAUUUAAAAAACUGGAUUUAAAUAAGAGGUUAGUCAGGAAAAACACACAGCGCUGCUCGCAAAGCGCUCUGCACCAACGUAGCCACAGGAGUGUGAACGUACCCUUAGAACAGGAGGGCAUCCAGCCACGGUGCUCUGUCCCUUAACAUCCAAACUGCUGGCAGACACACAGAGCAGUUAACGGAUUUUGCAUCUAUUGAACAAAAGCAGUGUGUUGUUUGCACUGGGAUAAGUUGCACUCACUCAGUGUAGAUGUUCACCAGCACUUGGCUCCAGGCAGCAAGUGCAAACCUUGAGUUCUGCUGAAUCUGGGUAGUUUUUCCCCUGUGUGUCUGUAAGCUUAGCAUGCCACCAGCACUGCUUGGCGGGGCGCUGGGCAGCCUGACGUCUGACAGGUUAUAAUUACCAGUCACAAAAAAAAACACAAAAAAAACCCACCCCAAACCAACCCGAAACAACAACAAAACCCACCCCAAUCGACCCCCGAGAGCCCCUAACCCAACCCCCAGUUUUGUGUUCAUGUAACUUCUAACCAAGAGUAAAACCUUUCAAAGCUUGUCUCUUUUAAAUGUUACACCUCUGUUUUCUCAGAAUGACCUGUCCCGAUUGUAAGCUCUCUCCACAGCCCUGAGGAAGGUAUUGUAUUUGGAGCCAUUGUACUGAUGAAAGCCUUCUGGUAGCAAUAAAGAAAGUUGUCCUGGA